CUCGUUUAUCCUCAGCCAUACUGUCGAUCACCGAUAUUGAUAGAUAAACAAAAUAAUUAAGAAUCUCGGAAAAUGAAUCCUCGUGCUUCUCGAUUUUCAGCUAUGCCCGUUUUGGGUUUUCUGUUGCUAAUUACGUUGGGCAACAGCCAACUCGACUACAAAUUUUACGACAAAACUUGUCCGAACCUGACAAAGAUUGUGAGGUUCGGAGUUUGGUCCGCAAUGCUCAACGAGACAAGGCUCGCUGCCUCUAUCCUGCGCCUUCAUUUCCACGACUGUUUCGUGAAUGGAUGUGAUGGGUCGAUAUUACUUGAUAGUAAUAGCGCCUUCACUGGAGAGAAAAACGCAUUUCCCAAUCGUAACUCGGCCCGCGGAUAUGAAGUCAUUGACUGGAUAAAAGAUAAAGUCGAAAAUGCUUGCCCGUUAACCGUCUCUUGUGCCGAUAUAUUGACUCUUGCUUCAAGAGAAGCUGUCCUUCUGAGUGGAGGGGGAUUUAUUCAUCUGCCCUUGGGACGUCGAGAUGGCCUAACGGCCAAUGAGACUGCAGCUAAUACCGAUCUCCCCUCGCCUUUCGAGCCCUUGGAGAAUAUCACUGCAAAGUUUAUAGCAAAAGGCCUUGAUAUGAAAGACAUGGUUGUACUCUCAGGGGGUCACACGCUCGGUUUUGCUCAAUGCUUCACGUUCAAAAGGAGGCUUUUCGACUCUGAUGGGGCGGGAAACCCGGACCCGACACUCGACCCGUCUCUUUUGACCCAACUGCAGAGCUUAUGCCAGAACAAACCCGAGUCAGACGCCAACCUGGCGCCUCUGGACUCCACUUCGACCAAAUUCGACAACGGGUAUUUUAGAAGCCUCGUUAACAACUCGGGACUUCUGCAGUCGGACCAGGCGCUGAUGAGCGACAACAGGACGGCUGCAUUGGUUUUGAAUUACGUGAAAUGGCCGUUUUUGUUUACGAAGGAUUUCGCGAUUUCGAUGGUGAAGAUGAGCAGCAUAGGUGUGCUGACAGGGCAGCAAGGGGAGAUUAGGAGGAACUGUAGGGUGGUGAAUUAGAGGAAGUUUUUAAUUGUGAAAUGUGUUUGUGUGUGUGAAGUGAUUUGAAAUAAUGAUGACAAAAAGGGCUGUUGUGUGAAGUGUGGAUUUUAAGUUGGCUAUGUAGGUUUUAUGGUUGUUGAGGAACUGUAAAAUCAAAGGUGUGUGGGUGUACUUUGAGUGGUUGUGAAUUGUGAUGCUAUAAGACAAUGUAGUACUUGGUUUCGUUUCAUUUAGUGCUGCAAAUGAGUCGAGCAUGAACUUUGUCGAUUGCAAAUCGAACUUUUUUCUUUACUGUUCGAGUUCGACAAGUUAUGUAAAAUGGUGUUCGACUCAAUCCAUUAAAAAAAAAGGAUGCUCAAGCUCGACUCGAUGUUGGACAUGGA